UUUAGUUUGGAAUAUAAAGGUGAUUUGUAUUUUUAGCACACAGGCGAUAUUCUUUUUAUAGCUUUUCCGGAGCAGUUCCGGACUUAUCGUAAUAUUAGAUUGCACAACAAAAUGACAACAAACAUGGCGAGCGGCGAAGCACAUGGAGGUGGAAACGUUUUGGAAAAUUUCAAAGAUAACCUCGACAUUGUCAUCACACAAAUUAAGGAUGGUGAAACUGAACGAGAAACUGAUGAUGAUUUUGAAGCAAAGCAGAGUGAAUACUGGACCAAAGUGGGAUCAGUGUUCAAGUCCCUGUCCCAUGAAGCCACCAAAUUAUCAUUAGCAUUUUCAUCUCCUCCACUCCCAGACCAAAAGACUUGUAAGUCACUGGUGGAAAUGUGUGAGAGAGCAACAUUGGGCCUAGUCUCCCUGUUCUACAGCCUUCCCAAAUCUCAGGGUUUGU